AUGGGUGAAUGUGACCAUUCUACCAACGAUAUUCCGGUGCCUUUUGCCCAGCGCCCGAUCAUUAUCCUGGGCGCCGGCAUCAUCGGAUGUGCCGCCGCUCGCCAGUUGCUGCUCAAGGGCUUUGAGGUCAACCUUGUCGCUGAGUUCCUACCUGGGGAUCAAGAUAUUCAUUACGCCUCUGCAUGGGCAGGUGCUGCCUGGCAUGCAGCAGGGGGUAUCACCCCCGACCAGCGCUAUAUUCAGGCUGUCACCCAUCGUAUCCUGCUCCAGAUGGCCCGGGAGCCAGAAUCGGGAGUCAGUGUAGUUGAUGCUCGAGAGUACCUUGAACAAGAACCGAUUCCGAAUUCUGCACUCUGGGGAAAGACCGUGGUGUCCAAGUUCCGGAACUUAUCCCCAGAGCAAUACCCAUCUGAAUUUGCCUGUGCCUGGGCAUAUGAGACGCUUGUUACCGACCCCACUCGACACAUGCCUUACCUCAAGAGGCAGAUUCAAAUGCUAGGCGGUCAUUUCAUCCGCCGCAAAGUCGACUCGCUGCACGAGUUGUACGACAUGUUCCCUGAUUCUCGAAUCUUCAUCAACGCCAGCGGGCUAGGCAGUAAAACUCUUGCGGAUGUUCUGGACGAUCGGUGUUUCCCUGAACGGGGCCAAAACGUCUUCCUUAGAACCGAUCGAUGCCUGACCAUGUACUUUCGCAAUGGUCAAGAGUAUACCUAUGUCAUUCCCCGGCCACACUCUGGGGGUGUAGUAUUGGGUGGCGUCAAGCAGCAAGAUAACUUGUCCCCCGAUGUUGAUCUCGAGAUUGCUCGAGACGAAAUCGCCCGCGCACAUCGAUUGGCUCCUGAUAUCGUCCCCGCCAAUCCUCCUGAAAGCGCCAUCAGUCAUAUCAUCGGUAUUCGCCCCUCUCGAAAAGGAGGGUUCCGGCUAGACUCUGAGGUGCAAGGAUCACGAACCCUACUUUCGGCGUAUGGCUUUGGAGGCGGUGGGUAUGCAUUUUCUUACGGCGUUGCCGAGGCACUGGUCAAGAUGGUGGAGCAGGCUGAGCGCGACAAUGUCAUUGUGUAG